GGUCUACGCAUUUGCAUUAGACCAUGAUGCCACAAGAGACGGAUAAUACAGAUGCGUCGACGAGGCGACAACAGCCUCAGACGGCAUCGCGCAGUAUCUUCGACGUACCGGCGCCCAUCAAGCAGCUGUUCGACAAGUUCCCACUCGUCACAUACUCGAUAAACGAUCUUCCACAAAGCGCGCCGUGUGAGCGCGACACACCGAUAUUACAUGUCUUCACUACAAACGAGGGCGCAUCAAGAGGCACGCCGUCAUACAAUCCAGCAUGUCUGAAGUGGCAGGCAUACCUCAAGUUCUCCAAUAUUGAAUUCCAGAUCGCUGCCUCGAGCAAUCAUGCUUCGCCAAGCGGCGCGUUGCCGUUCCUUCUUCCCACACAACCAGACACACUCAGGCCUGUGCAACCCGUACCCUCAGGCAAGCUACAGCGAUGGACAAUGAAUAACAGCGAGAUGGCGAUUGAAGAGUCAGGAGAUCUGCGGUAUGACGCAUAUCUUUCACUCCUUGAUCACCGGAUACGAAGGGCAUGGCUCUACAGCAUAUAUCUCUCGAACAAUUUCACAUCGAUCGCCGAGCCAUUAUAUAUCUUGCCGACGUCAAGCAACCCCUUUGUCCGCCUGACAAUAGCGCGCGAGCUUCGUCUAGCUGCGGAAAACGAGUUGCUCAAGUUCUCAGCCACCGUAAGCGCAGAGACACUGCACAAUCAAGCAGAAGAGGCAUUCACGGCUCUCGAUUUACUGCUUGGAGAUGACGAGUGGUUUUUUGGCGCAGAGACACCAGGUCUGUUUGAUGCGAGCCUCUUUGCGUAUACGCAUCUGUUACUGGACGACAGGCUCGGCAAGGGCUGGCUAGACUCGCGCCUGCGCGACAUGCUAAUGUCGCGGCAACACCUGGUUGCCCACCGGAACAAGAUCUUGGAGAAAUACUUUCCGGUCAGCUCAUAGACGCUGCCACGACCUACUCGGCUGGCUCCGACCUGUAUUUCAAAUGUACAACAUUGCAGCCUGGGGAGCAGCACACAACGUACAACCAGCAUAUCAAAUGUUCAGGGAAUGUACAAAGGCCCGAAUGACAUGUACCAAGUGGACGGGACUUUCAUGCCACUGCACACGGCGCGCGAAUCUGGGACCAAAAUUUUGUCGCGCAGUCACGUUUUCUAGCGCGUUCCGGACAUGCGCGUCUGAGUCACGCUCCCGCAU